GACGGUUACCAUGGUAUUAUCUUUCAGUCCAAAUACAGCAAUAGUGACCGUAAGUGUGUUCAGAUGUCGAAGAUCACAGCUCUGCUGGAACAAGAAACUUGGGUGGCUGUGGAUGCACCCCCAGAGUUCCAGGUUAUUGUUGACAUUCUGGUUGAUGGCCUUAUCACGAGAGGUACAGGCACUGACUUUGGUGGGCAUGGAUCCGGAAUAAGCGCUGUCAAUGGGAUAGACACGAGUUUGGAUGGCUCCUUGGAUGCAACCCUUCUACCGCAUCAGGGAAGCUCGAAUGCCAAAGGUGGAGAGCAGACAGGUAAUGGUGUGGCGGUUCCGGAUCCCAGCAAAGAGCGAGAUGACGAUGGCGGAAGGCAUGAGAGGAGAGCUACGGUCGGCGAGGAGGGACCUGCGGAGAAAUCACAACCGUCAGAUGCUGCAGCAACCUCCGAAGAUCCACCAAGAGCUGCAGCAGAAAGCCAACGAGCAGAACCUAGUGGCGGUGAUGCGGAGGCUGCAAAGGCAUCAGAAGUAGGAGAAGCGGGACCCUCGGGGGCUCCAGGGCCCUCGCCGGAGAAUGUGAAGAGAGAGACUGGGGAUGGGGUAGAUAGUGCUCGAUCGGGAGGCGCAUCAUCAGAGCUCAGAGAGGGUCGGUCUAGUGCAGACUCGACGACAGGAUCAAAUGGCUCGUCAACGGCUUCGUCGGUGGCAGUUGGGAAGGGGAAGAAGGUCAAAGAGAAGCAAUCCAUAAGGACUCUUGUUGUGAGAGAAUCCAAGUUUCACGUCGUAGGAAGUGCCUUAAUUUUGCUGAAGAUGAUUGCCGAGUACGUCGACAUUGCAAACUUCUUGCCAGCUCUUGCCACGGAAGUCGUGCAUAGAGUUGCGGAGAUUUUGAAGUUCUUCAACUCAAGGACAUGCCAACUUGUGCUUGGAGCUGGUGCCAUGCAGGUGGAUGUGCGGCGCGCUCUUGCCUUUCACAUUCCAGAGGCGAGGAAGGCUCUUCUUCUGACAGAGGUGGACCGUGUUGGGCAGGAUUACAGAGUACAUCGGGAUGAAAUCCACUCGAAGCUUGUUCAGAUCAUGCGCGAACGGCUUCAGGUUCACCUGAGAACGCUGCCAGCACAGGUGGAGGGUUGGAAUAAUCCGGACAAUGGCGAUACCCAACCGAGCCAAUUCGCACGGAACCUGACGAAGGAGGUGGGAGUUCUACACCGGGUGCUAUCUCCUCUACUGUUGGAAAGUGACAUCCGGUCGAUAUUCAGAAGGCAGCGAGUAAGUAAGAGGUGAACAGGAGGAGUUGGAGGGGUUGGCUUUAUGCAGCGAUCACCUUUGGCGGUGGCAUGUGAAACCACCACAACUGGAUGCUGACGAUGAUUGUGUGGCUAUGGUGGACAAAGGAUGAUUGUGUGGCCAUGGUGAUCAGAGAGGCCGAAGGAGGUUUGGGGUUUACGGAAUCCGACUCCAACAAGUGCUUGUUGAGAAGGAUUGCAGACGAAUAAUUUACUUCGUUUCAUCGCAUUGCCACUUGAGCAAUGUUCACGAAGAUCGGCUGAAAGCGUAUUUGUUUCCCAAAGCUUGUGUUCUAUGUGGAUCUGCUCUUCCUGUUCUUUCUUGCACCAGGAAAAUGUCAACAAAAUUCCCUGCGCUCC